GUGAUCUUAUUUAAUUAUUAUUUUCAUUUGUAAAAUUCAGGCACUAUAUAUUGGUUAUUAACAUGAGAAUUUAUUUUAAGAGUGGGAAGACACUACAAGAAUUUGGACUUUUCCAAGCGAUUUUUGAGUCGCUGCAAAAAAAAUCGCCGUAAUCUAUAUCAUAUAGCAGCGACUUAUUAAUCGCUGCUAUAUAUCCACUGAAUAGUGGCGAUAAGGAUCAUUCUGCUUAUCCCAGCAACUUAUAACUCUUUUCGCGGCGACAAUUUUCGCUGCUAUACCAUGAAUAAUUAGUAGAGGCGCCAAAACAACAAUUUUAUUUUCUAUUUCCCUCCCCGCGGCCUCGAGUUAGUCACAGUACUGCCUCUCCUCCCUCCGUUUGUGUUUCAGUCGAUUUCUUACUAAAUCCCUUCCGGCGAUUCGAUACGACGGCGGCGACGAUAAUCCCCCUCCCAAUCACUCCCAAAGCUCCCUCUCUGGCCUCCACUACAUUUUCGCCGUCAAGUAGAAGCUUGGUCAUCGUUUCCAACCCAAACCAAAGCUGUGCCGGGGACUAUCGGCUUACCCAUUAGGUUGUAUGUUACCCCCUUCAAAUCUUAAACUCUCUAAACCUUGCUAUGCGUCUACCAAAAAUUAAAUCCCCAUUCUGUUGAAUGCAUAUGUACAGACGAAGAUCAAAGCCAACUUCGACCUCUGUCCUGAUCUAGAGCGGGGUAAUUUCUUCCAUUUUGCUGUUAGUCAGAAACAAAGGCCGAGAGAGUCCCAGUUCUUACUGUGUUCGAGGCUUGCCAGUCCAUGGAAAGGGGUUUGAAUUUGCAGCAGAUUGCCAUUGUGCAGCAAUAGCCUGUCUAACAUCACGCACAUCCUGCCGCGACUGUCGUUGCUAAAUAGACUUCUGUGGCAUUUACUAGCCUUGUUAUUGCAGUCGUCCCAACACUAUAUGUAAGUUGAGUGGUGUUUUGUUUAAACUCAUGGACUCUUUGUAUUGCAUGCCCCAGCAUUAUAUAUUAAGAUAACAUUAUUCAUCUCACUUAUGACGAUUGUGACUGCCCUUUCUUUUGUGUAGAGCAUUUUAGCAUGUGCAGAUUUAAGUGACUCGGACAUUACGGUCUAUCUCCCAUUUGAAUCUGAUCUUCCAGCCUUUUUUUUUUUCCUUGAUGUUUCGUUUAUGGGCCGGUAAUGGGACAAAGUGUUUUGCAUUUUUGCCUUGUUGGACCUAAAAUAGGUGACACCUGUUUUAUUUCACAACCAAUUGUGAAAUAAUCUUUCGCUUUCAGCUAAUCGCUAAAGGUCAAUUCUGAACUAUCAGAUGUAAUUUCCCAAUGGUAUGUUGACUGAUAUGUUCUGUUAUGCGCAUUCUCCUAUUUUGGUAGUGCCUAAAUCCAAAGUUAAAAAGUAGGCAAAGAUUCCUGGGACAUACCUUGAAAUGGUUAUUUUUAAUUGUUUAUGGAAGUAUGAUUAACAUUCUGCUUGUUGGUUUUGUUGAACUGAUGGAUGAUAAUAAAUAUCAAUGCUAGGGACAAGCCAUCUUGUGAAAACUGCUUCUCAGUUGCUCGAUUGGUGUACUUGUUUAGAAGUUGGUUAUAUUCCUGAGGUUAAUGUCGUUUAACCUUCUUUUGACAUUAGUGCUGAUAAGAGAGGCAGGCCAAUGGCCACAUGAGCAGUUUGACAUUUGUGUUUGUGGUUGAGUUAUUGACCAGCUAACUCAAGAAGAAAUUAAAGGGUUUGACCAGAUUAGGGUUUUUUUUUGUUUUUUUUUUAACAUCAACUGAAAUUUACAGAUUGAUAAUUAUAAACGCUGUUACAACUAUAAAUAAAUCUGUGUACAAAUUGCUAUAAAUUUGUGUGCUUAAAAAUAAUUUAUUUAUUUAACAUAUAUUAAUAUGAUUAUAAAUUUAUUUUUAUAGAAUUUUUUUUGGGUAUAGAAAUCCUGAGUGCAUUAAUCUUAGAUGAAAAUAAUUAAAGGGUUGUCAACUUGAGCAUUCAUUAAUUAAUGUCCAUUAAAAACAGAAUGAAAGUUGCAGCAUUAGUAGCAGUAACUUUCAUUUAUCCUGCACAGCACAGCACUGAAGCAAAUAGAUAUAGACAAAGACUGCCCCUUUGCUUUGCGUGCUUGCAUUCUUUGAUGUGAUCAGAGUCCAAAGUUGAAAAACAAAGCAUUAAAAAUAAUGCAGAAGUGUAAACCAACAAGUAAUUGCAUUUAGAGCAGGAGAAGAGGAGGAAAGGUCCCCUUCUAUUAAGUAAAAGUGUUUUGGUCUAGAUAUAUAGGCCGGCCUCCCUAAGUACUUAAAGCUUAAGCUUGUUGUCUAUGUCUAUGCAAGCUAAGAGCAGCAGCUAGACAGCUAUAUCCAUCUUUUAUAGCUGAAAGCUAUUGUGUUUGUGGGUGAUGUUCUCUAGGAAGCUGGAAGAUAAUGGUUCCUCAUGAGUCAUGCAAGGCUGCAAUAUCCCUUCUCCUCCUUCUCUUCGUCUCCUCCCCGGCUAGCUCUCUAGCAUUGAAAGACCUUAGAAACUUCUUGAUCUUUUUCUUUGAGAUUUUUUCAUAUAUAUAAUAAAUGUAGGCCGUACCAUCAUAAAGCUCUAAAUAACAUAGACACAACUGUACGUGUGUAGCCGCCUGUUUGUCGCCAAAAAUCUCAACAUUCCAACACCCAUUAUCAUUUCUAAAGUAAAAUCCCAUAAAACAAUUUUAUCAUGCUUUUCCUUUUGAUCAGAACAAAAGCUAUUUUACUGUUCGCUGUAAUAUUGUUGUACAGUGCAUGCCAUGUUUGUACUAUACUCAAGUUUAUUAAAUACGUUACAUUUUUGCUUAUAUUUAAUGCGUGGCUCUGAGUUAGGGUGGAAAAAAGUACGAUUAAAUGCCUUGCAACUUUACUUUUUGUUGGGAAAGUCCAUGCUUGAAUUUUUACAACUUCAUUCGACAUUAUUGCUUGAACUUAGCACUGAAGUAGAAACAUAAAUUUUGUUUUUUCUGGGCUAAGCCAUGAAAGAUGUGAGUGUGCCUGAAAGAUCGUCUUCAGGUACAUCUAUGUUUACACAUCCAAUUACAACAAUGAACCAAAGAAUACUAGAAACCCCCUUUGAUAUACCAGUUAUCCCCCGAAAAUUCUUAGACUUCAAGUUAAACAUUUAUUCUUCAUUCAUGAGGUCCACGCUAUGUUCGUUUAAAGAUCCAAUUGGUAACUAAAUUUAAUCACUCAAUCAAGAUUGUGAUACCAUCGGGUGUGAGGCUUCUCUUAUACUUGAUGAAGCUUUGUACAACUGCGCAUAACCUCACUCAUUCCACUAACUCAACUGUGGAAUGAGUGAUACUUGUAACAUACACACCUUUCUCGUAUGAGCAAAGCUUUCAACAGUUGAGCUUGCUAGACAUAUGAGGAUGAAUUCUACAUUUCUUCAUGUACUAUACCCGUCAUGCAAUUGCAUGAUGUGCCCAAAGGUCAUAUAUUUUGCCUUCAUUUUUCCAUGUUUGUCAAACGGUACUUCAUCAACUACCGGUAUAUCAUGGUCUCUGUUUGUCUAACUCUAUUCCUCACCCACUUUUUUUAGAUGGACAAAAGUUGGAUGAAUGAGCCCGAUAGACUAUUAUCGCCUGCAUACUCUGAAGGGGUUAAAAAUUUCUUGACACAAGCACAAAUUCAUGCAAGUGGAAGGAAUCGCAUUCGGUGUCCAUGCCGUACAUGCCUUAACAAUCUGUGGCUGCCUAUAUUUGAGGUGGAAACCCAUUUGUUCAUGAAAGGGAUCAAUCCAAAUUACACACAAUGUGGAGAUAUCUCGAAUGAGGUUAUACCCGAAGAUGAUUACAUCGAUGACAUGCAGCAGAUGUUGGAUGACAUGCGUGCAGGCACCUUUGUUGAUGUGCCACAAGAGAACAUUGGAUCAUCAAUACGGCCACCAAUUCCUGAAGAUUCACCAGCAACGUCUUUUGACAAGCUACUGGAGGAUGCCCGACGUCCUCUUUUCGACGGGUGUACAACAUUUACAAAGUUUUCGUUCAUUGUUAAGUUAUUACACAUCAAAUCUAUCGGUGGAUGGUCAAUUAGAUCAUUUGACAUGCUCCUUGAUCUGUUGCGGUCUUCCUUUCCUGAUGCGCUCUUACCACAAUCAUAUGAGGAGUCAAAGUCUUUGGAGCGCAGGUUGGGUUUCAAUUACCAUAAAAUCCAUGCGUGCCCCAACGACUGCAUCUUAUUCUGGAAGGAAUAUGCCACGCUUAAUGAAUGCCCUGUAUGUAAGGCUUCGAGGUGGAUGCCAAAUGACAGGGGACCCCGCGUCAUACCUCAAAAAGUGUUGCGCCAUUUUCCGUUGAAACCGAGAUUGCAGCGUCUUUUUAUGUCUGCGAAGAUAGCAGGUGAUAUGAGAUGGCAUAAAGAGCAUCGGGCAAUAGAAGAUAGUAGUAUGAGACAUCCGGCUGACUCUGAGUCUUGGAAGAAAUUGGAUGAACAUCAUAGUUGGUUCGCUGCGGAUCCUCGCAAUGUUAGGCUCGGACUAGCAAGUGACGGCUUCACUCCCUUCAACAACUUGGCGAAACCUCAUAGCAUUUGGCCUGUGAUCCUUGUCCCGUAUAACUUGCCGCCAUGGUCAUGCAUGAAGGACCAAUUCUUGAUAACAUCUCUGAUUAUUCCAGGGCCAAGGUCACCAGGGAAUGAGAUCGAUGUUUACUUGCAACCGUUGCUGGAUGAGUUGCUUGAACUCUGGGAAUAUGGGGUACCUACCUAUGAUGCCUCAAGUAAGGAGACGUUUACGUUGCAUGCUGCAUUGUUGUGGACAAUCAAUGACUUUCCUGCCUACGGGAAUCUCUCUGGCUGGUCAACAAAGGGAAAAUUAGCUUGUCCGUCUUGUAAUGCUGACACGGACUCCAAUUGGUUGAAAUAUGGCCGAAAACAUUGUUAUAUGGGACACCGACGUUUCUUACAGCCAGAUCACAUGUGGAGAAGGAGGAAAGGGUUGUUCAACGGUAAAGAAGAUCAUCGCAUGCCACCAAGGGAUAUGGGAGGAUACGAUAUUCUAACUCAAUUGCAGAUGAUUGGGGAUGUGACGUUUGGCAAAUCUCUUAGGAAGAGAAAACGUACUGCCGAAGAGCUGAAUUGGACAAAGUGCAGCAUAUUCUUCACGUUACCUUACUGGUCAACACUUCGACUUCGGCAUAAUUUAGAUGUUAUGCAUAUUGAGAAGAAUAUUGCCGAGAACGUCUUAUUCACUUUAAUGACCAGUUCAGGAAAAACUAAGGAUAAUAUCAAUUCAAGGCGUGACCUGGAGUUAUUGGGCUAUAGAAAAGAAUUACAUUUGAGGCGUGAAGGUGAUCAUGUAACAAUGCCGCAUGCACUGUACACAUUACAUGGAGAUGAAAGGAAGAAGUUAUGUGAGUGGCUACGCGAUAUCAAAUUUCCAGACGGGUUCUCUUCCAAUAUCUCGAACUGUCUUUCUACACGUGAUUGCAAAAUCAUUGGGUUGAAAAGCCACGACUGUCAUGUUUUCCUUCAAAGACUACUCCCAAUUGCUGCAGGGGGUUUUUAAGAAGUGACAUUGCCUUGGCUUUGACUGAACUUAGCACUUUCUUCAAAGAGUUGUGCGCUCGCACACUGGAUCUGAAUCGCCUAUCCCAGCUCCAAACUGAUAUAGUCACCAUUCUAUGCAAACUGGAGAUGAUAUUCCCUCCCUCCUUUUUCGAUAUCAUGGUCCAUCUAGCUGUCCAUUUGCCCCGUGAGGCUAUACUAGGGGGUCCAGUACAAUAUAGGUGGAUGUACCCAUUUGAGAAAUAUCUAGGCAAAUUCAAGCGGUAUGUUAAGAAUAAGGCUCGACCAGAAGGUUCAA